GGGUGCUUUGCUCCAGCAGCUGAGGGAUGCAGAGAUGUUCCUUCACUUUUUCAAACCCAGGUGUGCUGUGCUGUGUGGGACUCAGCCACGGGUGGGAUGCUCAGGGAGAGGAUCUCAUCUGCUCCCAGCCCUGCAGCUAUGGGUCCUCCCUGUGGGAGCUGCAGCGUAACCCCACACCCUGCUUUGUUCCAGCAUGGGCCCAUCUUCACUGUGUGCGCCCUGGGGAAGCGGUUCACGUUUGUGACUGAGGAUGAAGGAGCUGAAGUGUUUUUUACUUCGAAGGACCUCAAUUUUGAGCAGGCAGUACAGCGAGUUGUUGAGAAUGCAGAAGCCUUCUAUCAGAAUCAUGGCCAGCUGUACAGCAUGAUGAAGGGGAAAAUGGGUCCCUCCAACGUGCACAUGUUCACGGGCACGCUGUGCAAGGAGCUGCACGAGCACAUGGCACACCUGGGCGCUGCUGGCACGGGCGACCUCAUGGAGCUGGUGAGGCACGUCAUGUAUCCAGCAGUGGUGAACACUUUGUUUGGGAAGGGCGUCUGCCCGACCAGCCAGAGCGAACUCAGGGAGUUUGAAGAACAUUUUUGGAAGUACGAUGAGGACUUUGAAUAUGCUUCUCAGAUGCCAGAGUGCUUCCUGAGGUAAUGGUAGAGUCUGUGCACGUGGUGUGCCCCAUACAGGCACCUUGCUGGCUGUGAUAUUAACACUCAAGGAUCUUCUCCUGGAGGGGGAUGUGCUGUCCUGUGGCAGCCUAGGCAUGGACUCUGUUGCUGGUUCAGAAUGAAGACAUUUGUUGUAGGUGCUCACAACCACCCAUCAAACCAACCCCGUGAGUUUUCAGCACGUAGCUUUUGCCUCACAAAUCAACCAUUUUCUGAGGUAGUUGCAUUGCUUGAUGCUGAGAGGUUGGCUGCAUUUUCUGCAGUCCGGUUGCCUCUAUAGGCUUUGGUUGGGAGGAUACCCAGGAGGUUGCUAUGCUUCCAAGAAGCAGCAGUAGAUGCUGAUGGUACAGGGAAGCAGGGCUUUACAGCUCUGCCUGGACCUCAUCGCGGGCUGGCACCUGGGCAAACCUCUUCCCCUCCUUUAUUUUUUUUUUGUUCCAGCUGUGACUGAUUUAUUUCAUUCUGAUGUAAAUCAAAAUGUUGCGCAACAGCACAGAACAUCUUUUAUAAAAGAGAGUGAAAUACAGGACAUG